UACAAACCAUACACAAGUCAAUAGCUGCUCGAUAGCAAUUAGAAAAUGCUUCCUGAAAUCAUGAGUCCCUUUGAGACCCAUCAAUGCGAUCCUUUGAAAUCUAUCUGCGAUCAUCUUCUUCAGGAUCAUGAUAUAAUUGAGAAUGCGCCAGUUUUUGCGCCAAGAAGUUUGAGCUUCAGCGAUCUGUUGCUUGCGGAAAGUUGGAGCGAACUUCCUCUGAAAGUCGACGACUCGGAUGACAUGCUGGUGUACAGCGCUAUGUGCGACGCGCUCAGUUCUGGGUGGUCGAUGCCUUUGGCUUCGAAUCAAGAACUUGAUUUCCAAGCGACGACAGUUGAUUAUGACAGCACUGGUUCAGCAGUGCAGAAGAGACCGGAGGAGAUGGUGGAGCGUAAGCUGAAAGCGCCGGUCGGGGAGACGCAUUACAGAGGAGUGAGGAGGCGGCCGUGGGGAAAAUAUGCAGCGGAGAUAAAAGACCCUAAGAAGAACGGCGCGAGGAUUUGGCUUGGGACUUACGAGACGCCCGAGGAUGCAGGAUUGGCCUAUGACCGGGCCGCUUUCAAGAUGAGAGGAUCAAAGGCCAAGCUCAACUUCCCUCACCUCAUUGGCUCGGCCGAGUACGAGCCCGUCAGGGUCAGCCCCAAGCGUCGAUCCAUGGAGCCUAGCUCACCGUCCAGCGAUGACGGGUCGACCGGGAUGAAGAGGAGAAAGAGGGAGGUCGAUUCUGAUGCUGAGGUGGGCUUUGGAGCUUCCAUGCCUUUUCAUAUUUUGGAUAUGGGCUUGUUAGGUGUGGACGACCAAUUUUUAUUUUGA